AUGGCAUCAUUAUCAAUUGCUCUAGCGAGUUUCACCAAUAUGUUCAGCAUCGGGACAGUCUACGCACUGAGCACCCUACAAGUCCACCUCACCCGUCUUACCGGAAAGCCCGUAACAUGGAGCUUCGCUCCCUUUGGCAUGGCUUGCAUCGGCCUCUCAAUCGGAGUCGCGACCUGUGCAUCUAUGAUCUCCCACCGCGGCACCCACGUUACCAGCGCCAGCGGCACUGCUGUUUGGGGAUUUGCCCUGAUCGGCGCAGGCACGUUUCUCAGCCAACUCAAGUUUGAACUCACGCUCUUGUGUUUCCUGCUCGGUGGUGUGGGUGUGGGAUGGACUUAUCUCGCCGUUGUGGUCCUGGUCAGCAACGGGUUCCCCAAUUUCGCUCUUGCUCGGAGUGCCAUCGGGCCUAUGGGCUUUUCGUCUGGCGCAGCGGCUUCUUUCAUUCUUUGGUCUGUCUGCGAGCUCAGCACGGCCGAUGUAGAAAGUGUAGGCCGGGCUCUUGCGCUCGCAGGUGCUACAUUUCUCGCUGUUGGGGCAGCUACUCAGCUCCUGCUGCCGGGACUGCUGGAUACCACGCCGAAACAGCAACCCAGUAGCCAUGCGAAUAAAGCAUCAUCAAGCCACCCUUCUUCCUCCUCUGAGCUAUUCCUCUCAAUCCUUCUCUUCUUCAAUGCCCUACCCGGAAUGACAGUCAUCGUUGCCUUGCUCCCUCUUACCUCCUACUACUACUCCAGCGGCGACACCGAGACAAAGAGUGACCAUGACCCCACGGCUCUCCUAGCAUCCAGCAUGCUAGCUCUUACAUCAGGUGGCGUGUUCGCACCCACGCUCAGCGCUUACCUCGGCGCAAGGAAUACAUUCAUAGUCUUACUUUGUCUACGAGGGGUUUUGCUGGUUCUGCUUUCGCAAUUUGAAGGCCCCAUGCUGGGCCUUUGUGCGCUCUGCGUGAUUCUGUUUGCCCAUGGAGCGGGAUUCAGUAUCCUCCCAGGCUUGGUGAAAGCUGCUCAAAGGGACGCUUCUCCUUCUCCUGGGUCAUUUUCGAGCAGCUAUGGUGGUGUUCUUGUGGCUUGGGGGGUUGCGGGAUUUGUGGGCUGCGGGUUGAACGCUGCUGUUGAGUUAGGAGUUUGGGGGUCUUGGGGAUCUCCUACAGAUCCAACCGUCACGUGGCUCACUAUCAUUCCAAUGCAAAUAAACCAAGCACAGUCGCAGCCAUUUCCAGCCGACAGCAACAUCGCGAAGCGUCCGGUCCUCGAAGAUCCGAGUCCCGCCUCUAUGCCAAGAGAACAAAGAGCUUUCAGGAUGAGCUGGCAGGAUCCGACUUUGAACUCUCCAGCUCUCAUUCGGAGGGUGCUUUUCCCCGAGAAGCUUCCGAAAAUGCCCAAAGACUACAUCGCACGUCUUGUCUACGAUCGCGUUCAUUUGUCCAUCGCCAUUGUCAAGAUGCCGCUGCAGGUUGUUGGUGGGAUUACAUAUCGUCAAUUCCCAGACCGCGAGUUUGCCGAAAUCGUCUUCUGUGCCGUAUCGGCUGAUCAGCAGGUGAAGGGAUAUGGAGCCCAUCUCAUGGCCCAUUUGAAAGACUACGUGAGAGCUACUUCUCCAGUGAUGUCGCGCUGGAUAGGGUACAUCAAGGACUACGAAGGGGGUACACUGAUGCAAUGCUCCAAGCUUCCCCGAGUCCGGUACCUCGAAGUUGGCCGCAUGCUUCUAAAGCAGAGGGAAUGCGUUCUUGCCAAAACGCGUACCAUCAGCAAGAACCGUAUUGUCCACCCACCACCUCAGCAAUGGUCUAGCGGUGUCAUCGCCCUCAUCGACCCUCUCUCCAUUCCGGCGAUUCGGGCAACCGGUUGGUCUCCAGAGAUGGACGAGCUAUCACGCGUACCACGCCAUGGACCUCAUUUUAACGAACUUCGGCGUUUCUUGAAUCAUAUUCAAAACCACAAGCAUGCAUGGUCCUUCGCCAGCCCGGUCGACAAGAAGAAGUCCCUGACUAUUGCAAGGUCUUUGAGCAUGUUUGCUCUCCUUGGGAUUCUAGCAGGGUGGGUGACGCCUAGGUGUGACCAGGCCACCCUUCCUGUUAGCCUUCUCCGGUCCGUUCAGCUUCCUCUAGAGCUUCUAGGCCUCUUUCAUUGUCUCUCUCUGCUCUGUGUUGGUCCUUCUGGUGUUGUUCUCCAGAAAGAGCCACGCCUGUAUUAG